CGCCGUGUUAACAAACCAAGAUGGCCGCGCCCUUGUCAUUUGCAAGGGCAAUUUCUAAUAAAAUUUUACAGUUCUCAAAGACAUAUUCAGGUCGGAAUGUUUUACCUUGCGUAGUUUGUGAGGUUACGCGAGGUAAGAAGACCAAGUCAGGGGGCUCUACGAGGAACCAGAAAACAAAAACAGCCGGGAAACACAGGCGGCCAUGGAAAAAAGAUGGUGAAUUUGUCUAUAAAGGAGACGUGAUACACACACAGUAUGGUCUCCAGUAUUACCCAGGAGAAAAUGUGGGCAUUCAGAGGAACAACACACUGUUUGCACUGACUGACGGCAUCCUGUGCAUCUCCUCAGAGAAACUUCAGCCCUACCCAGACAGUCCACUGUACCAGCGGGUGAAGGAUGGGCUCAACAUUUACAAAAACUUCUACAAUAUUUUCCCCACACCUGUUCAUGCCAAGUUUAAACUGGUCUCAGAAACUUCUAAUGUAAAGGAUUUGGAGUCAGGUGGACAGUAAAUGGCAUUGUGUUUCAUACUUGUGAUCACCAACAUUUUAGUCAAUGGACAUAAUAUGGAUCGUCAUCAUAUUAUCAAGGGCUUCUUUACCAGAAAUGUACAAUGAAACUCUAUUACUGCAUGUCAAUAAAUAUAAAUGUGUUCUUUGAUAUGGAUACGAAGAUGUGUGUUAAAAUUAUUUUGUACAUGAAAUCAAUAAAAUGAUAACUUGAAA